GAGUGUGAGCCAAGACUCAGAAGUGGUGAUUGAAAACGUUGCAGCGGUGUAUGGUGCUGGCUUCCAUGUCAAGGGAAAUGUCUACAUUUCUGAGAAUUCAACGAUGCUCAUCCAGGACGCCAUAUGUAGCAAGAACGGUGGAGGCUUCUACACGGAGGGACGCUUGCAGGUGACCAACAGCUCAGUUGUCAGCCUUCAGAAUGUGACCGCUGGAAGUCAUGGAGGAGGUUUCCUUGCCGUUGGAGAGGUUGAAAUAGCAAACUCGACUCUAAACAUCUCCAACAGCCAGGCGAAAGCAAAAGAUGGGGGAGGUUUUACCGCUGAAAAGGGCUUGACGGUGUCCGGCUCCACACUCAUCAUUCAGAAUACGAUAGCUGGACGCUAUGGAGGAGGAUUCGUUGUCAAAGGCAGGACAGUAAUCAGCCGUUCCACAGUUAGCAUCCAAAAUGCCACAGCCCAGAUUCUUGGUGGAGGGUUUUGUGCUGCUGAUGAAGUUGUCAUUGAUGAGACAAAGGUGAGCAUUUCUAAUUCGAGAUCGGAAAGGCUGGGUGGAGGCUUCCACACCAAUGGACGCCUGCAGGUGACCAACAGCUCAGUUGUCAGCCUUCAGAAUGUGACUGCCCAAGACACCGGAGGAGGUUUCAUUGCCUUUGGAGAGGUUGAGAUAGAACGGAACUCGACAAUCAACAUGUUCAACAGCCGCGCUGUAUCAGGAGAUGGUGGAGGUUUUGACGCUGAAAAGGACCUGACGGUGUGGAAAGGGUCGAGACUCAUCAUUCGGAAUGCGACAGCUGGAAAGCAUGGGGGAGGGUUCAUUGCCAAAAGCUGGGUAAUAAUCAGCAGGUCCACAGUUAGCAUCGAAAAUGCCAUGGGCCGGCAGGUUGGUGGAGGGUUUUUUGCAAUUGAUGAGGUUGUCAUUGACCAGAUGUCAAGUGUCAGCAUUUCCAAUUCAAGAUCGGAAAAGCUGGGUGGAGGCUUCCAAACCAACAGCCGUUUUCAGGUGAUCGGCAGCUCAGUUGUCAGCCUUCAGAAUGUGACUGCUGGAAGUCAUGGAGGAGGUAUCAAUUGUCUUGGAGAGGUUGAGAUAGCUGGGAACUCAACUGUAAACAUUUCUAACAGCCAUACUAAAACAGGAAAGGGUGGUGGUUUUGUCGCUGAAAAAGGCUUGACGGUGUCCACCGGCUCAAGACUCAUUAUACAGAAUGCCGUUGGACAGUCUGGAGGAGGAUUCUUCGCAGAAGGCAGAGCUUUGGUCAACAGUUCCACAGUUAGCAUCCAUAAUGCUUCGGCCGGGCUGCUUGGUGGAGGGUUCUUUGCAGGAGGCCUUGCACUUGUCAAUGCAUCUACUGUGGCCUUGUUCAGCACCCAUGCGGGGGCAGGUGGUGGUGCUUUUUCUGUGCGUGGGUUGACUUUGCACAGAAGUUCCAUGUCCAUCAGCAACUCCACUGCACUCGGAUCAGGCUCUGCUGGACUUGUAGAUGGUCAAGUGCUUCUUUCGUCACGGUCCAACUUGGUGGUUAAAGAUGUGCAAGGUCUCGACAACUCCAGCGUGCUGGCAGCAAGCUGCCUCCACCUGCGUGAUCGGUCACACAUUCUUUUUGGCGGUGUCGUUGGCGGUCAUGGGGUGGAACUGCAAAACAGUGGGUGCUCCGCUCUUUGCUCAAACAGAACGUUCUAUGUCGAAGCGGAUGCAGCCCUCAACGCCAGUGGUCGCUUGAGCUCAGGUUUUCUAUCCCUCGCAGCCUGCCAGAAGGAGAAGGUACGUCUCUCAGGCAUCCACCUGCAUUCCUGGUCCAGUUCGUUGCUCAGCACCCGCCCAAGCUCUGUGGUGGUCGACCAAGUGAGUAUCGCCUACAAGCCACCCAUCGACAAUUUGCAGGUCCUAGGUGCCAAGGACGGCUUCGAGAUUGACUCGUUGACGGUUUUCUGCCCGAACUGCACCUGUGGCGUGACUCUCAACGCCGCAAAGAACAGAAGUCUAAAAGCCGUGAGCUCUGAACAUCUGCAGUGUCCCAAGACAGCCGCAACGUCGAAAGGCUUGACACAACGCUGCAAGUGUUCCAACUACCAGAUUGCAACCCAGCACUUCCGCGAUGUCGAUAUGGUGCCCUUGGAAAGCAUUUUCCAGACAUGCAUGUUCUGCAAGCCCCACUUCCACUUUCAGAAUGGCGAUUGCCCCAAGUGUGGUGUCUUCAAUGCUUGGUCUGAUGGGAACAAAGACGUUUGCCAUGUGCUACCACGCAGAAAGAGGGAGCUUAUCAUACUUUCGACAGGUGCAGCCGUGGUCGUCAUUUUGACCUUCCUCGUCAUCGAGAUUCUGCAUGCUCCUUUGAUGAUCCUUGACGCGAAGUCAGAUUUGGCAGAUCCAACACAAGCUGAAAGCAAGAGGACUUUCACGCUUUCAGUGCAAGGCCCUAUCGUUGAUCUUCAUAAAAGCCUGUCUCGAUUGGUGCACCAGCGGGUGCGAUAUCGGGCAAAGGGAACGGGGUUGAUAUGGCUAGACUAUGAGCAGAAGAAGUCCAACGCAAUCAAAGUUCGUAAUAUUGCACGUAGAAAGCUUCUGUUGCAAGACACGAAUCCCCCAUUUGAUUGCGCUUCGUGCAAGGGAUCUUUGCAUGCCGCUGAUUUUUUUUACCUGCUCGGCUUGCUCACUGCAUGCAUAUCAGUGACGGCAAUGCUACCUGUCAUCAUCAAAGUGGCAGUCAUAUCCGGAAACGGUGUGGGACAUGUUUUCGUUACAGCCAUUUAUGUGGCACUUCCUCUGGUUGCUGUUGCUGCACUGCUGCAUUUGCCAGUGGCAUGGAUGAUCAAACGGCAAUAUCGCAGAACGUCAUUUUCCGAGGCUUUGGAUGAGUACCGGAAGCAGAUCCGCUGCAAGCCAUUCUCGGGGCCUGAUGCAACCCAUCCUCGCAACCAGGGCUUGCAGGUUCUGACUUUGCGAGGUUUGUGGAAGCACUUUGAGAGCUUUAUUUUGGAGCGCAAUAUGCACUUUGUGGUUGCCAACAUAGUGACGCCUCUGACACAAAGCAAAGGAGUUUCCUUUGUAACUCUUUGGGGUGGCAGGCGGGUGGACUAUUUUGUGUCCCAUUCCUGGGGCACCAGCUUUCCGCACUUUGUGCAGUCCAUCCAGUGCCAUGCUCUGUCCAAAGAGGGCCCCACUUCUUGGGGCGAUGCAGCAUAUUGGAUUUGCUCGUUUGCAAACAACCAGUGGAACAUUGGAGCCGACUUGGGAAAUGAUCCCAUGGAGAGCGCCUUCGCGCGAACUUUGACUGCGGGAAUCAAAGGAGUUGCGAUGGUCUUGGACCAGGAAGUGCAGCCUCUCACAAGAGUUUGGUGUCUAUUCGAAUUUCUCCUGUCAAGCCGUGAGCACUUGGAGUUGGUUUUUGUCACCAACGCUGGAGUAAUAGGUGAUGAUGGCUGCAGCUCUUUUGACAUUGCGUUGGAGGUGGGUAAGAAGAUAAAGUCUCUGCAAGUCGCCACGUGUGGGGCAUCUUCUGAGAAAGACAAGAAAGACAUCUUCGAUUACAUCAUCUCCGAGUUGGGAAGCCUUGAGCGAAUGGAUGAUCAAAUUCGAAAGCUCAUGGCUCAGAUGCUGAUGCGAAAUCUGGCCAACGUGGAAAAAGCAACUGGAAGUCUUGUCGAUAGCCUGGGCCAGGGCAGCGCAACAGUCGUAAGCCUCAGUGACGAGAGUUUUAAAUCACUUGUUGCUUCCGGAAAGCGUCAGAUCUUUUCCAUGUAG